AUGGCUGGUCCCGGUGGUGGUCCUCCUCGCCGCAGCCACACCAAGUCCCGCAAGGGCUGUGACACCUGCAAACGCCGACACAUCCGCUGUGACGAGAACUUCCCUCAAUGUCGCAACUGCACCAAGCACAAGAUCCGAUGCCCGUACAACGAUGUGCAGGUUCCCGAUGCUGAGCGAUCUACCACUCCCGACAAGCCCGACCUCAUGUGGACGCCCCAGAUCGAAGCCGCCAUCGCCGAGUGGCAGAGGACGGGAAUCUUCCCGCUCCCGAGCCUUGGUCUGUAUCCGGCUCCCAUGCCUCAUCUCUAUUCGCUCGAAGACCUCCGAUUGAUUUACCACGUCGCCACUCUGUACUACCAGCUGGCCACCAUCGAUGCGAAUAACUUCACCCUCUGGACUCGCCACAUCCCAACUCUCCUCCGAAUCGGCGCCACAACCCCCUACGUGAUGCAUGCGCUGCUCGCCUUUUCCGCCAUGCAUAUUGCUUUCCUCACCGACUGCCCUCUGGUCGGCAGCCUGGCAUAUGAACAUCGAGGCAUUGCUCUCAAGGGUCUGCAGGAGGCCAUUGGCUCCUUUUCUCGAGAGACGUCCGACGCCAUCUUGGCUGCGUCUCUUGUGCUCUCCUGGCAAGCCACCGACUGGCGCAGCUGGACACAGCUGAUGCAGGGCACCUCCUCGGUGAUCGACGCAAUGGACGCUUGGAAACACGAAUCCCAGUUUGGAGACUUCAUCGCCGAGAGCAGCACCUUUCCCACGGCUCCGCCCUCCCCUGGACAGGACCAUCGUCCCAGCCAGCCGCGACCCGAGGAUCUUGAGGCUUUCCAGCGCACGCUCGAGCAGGUUCAAAAGGUGGAGGCUCAUCUCAAGCACCACAAGGAGGACACCACUCAGAUCCAGCAUCUCAUUGGCUUCCUCCGUGGUUCUCGCAAGAUCAGCCCCACGCUCUCGAUUGCCCAGCAGUUUGAGAGGCUCCGGCCGCUUCGGACCUGGCUCUUCUGGAUGCCCGUGAACUAUCUGCAGAACUACCAUGGCUCUCCCAACUCGCUGGUCGUCAUUGCUCAUCUGUACACUGUGGCCCUCCUCAUGGAGCGACUCUUCCCUGAGAUUGGUGCUGCCUACUUUGGCAGUCUGUCCAUCUCUCCUGUUGAGGAAAUUGCUCGGCGUCUCAUGUCCAUCAAUGUCUCUGGUGCCAGGGGCGAACUCCAGACGCCUCUCACGCUCAUGGAGUUCCCCAUUGACACUAUCAGUGAGUUCCGAUCACGAAUGGGCUGGCUGCACCCGGAGAGGACUCCGUCGUUCCCGCAGUUCAACCCUCCCAACUUCACUGUUCAAGAGGAGAUGCCGAGCAACGAGUACCUGUAUGGGAACCCUGCCUUCAGCUACAGCACUGAGGAGAUGCCAAUGCUCAAUGCGUCUGGACCACCACCGUCGUCGGUGAGCCCUCUGGUUCUCUCGUCGCCGUACCCAGCGCAGCAGUACCUCAAUGUUCCGUCUCCAGCGUACACGGGAGCCUACAGUCCAGCUUCGUCCACCUUUGAGGGUUCCGUUGCGUACAGCGAUACCGAGGAAUACAGCACCUGGGACAUGAACGCCCUGCAAGGCGGGCCUCCCACGAUGCACGAUUCUCCUCACAACUAUGGCGUCGGGUUCGUCACUCCUGUCCAGACCGUGUGGAUUUAG